AUGCCGUCGUUCACGCCGUCGACGUCGGACGCCGCGGGAUGCCUGACCGCGCUCGAGGACGUGUCCCCGUCGCUCCGAGUCCUCGGCGCGAUGUCCUUCGUCGUGAGCGCGCUGAUCGGGGCGCCGCAGGCGUACAAGAUUUACGCGCGCAAGAGCUCGCGCGGGGUGUCGUUCUGGACGCUCGCGCUCGGGAACGUCGGUGGAUUUCUGUGCGUGCUGAAUCUGUACGUGCUGCACUACGACCAGAUCAAACUGAGCGGGAACGCGUUCGCGGAUUUUAAGGGCUGGGCGCGCGGACAGCCGAGCCUGCUGUUCAUAUGGGUUGAAUUGGCGAACACGCUGUCGAUGCUGAUCGUGACGCCGAUGGCGUACGCGUACGUGGAGGAUAGCGAACACGCGUUCGCGGUGACGACGCCGCUCGGCGGCGUGGACUGGUCGAUGAAAAAGGCGGUGAGAGCGGGAGUGCUGUUGCAAAUGGUGAUCGUGGCGUGCGCGUGGGCGCCGGCGUUGAUCGUGUUGCAUCGGGCGGGGGAGUGCGCGCCGAUGGCGUGGUACGGCAACGCCAUCGGCGUGGUGGUGGCGAUGAUUAUUUGCUUAAAGUUUAUACCGCAGGUGAAAGAAUCGUACGAAAACAAAGGCAGUGGGUCGCUGUCGUACCUGACGUACGGCGCGGAUUUGUGCGGUGGGUUGGUGGCGUUCUUGCAAAAGUUGCUCGUGACGAAUGAGCGCGUGUCCACGUGGCUACCACCGCUGAUACUGCAUUCCCUGGAGGCGUACGUGCUCGGGAUGAACGCAAUCAACGACAAAGCGCGCCUCGGCGCGGGCGCCGCCCGGCGAGAUCGUGACGCGGACGAUGCGAACGAACCGGAUGAGGAACGCGUGCAGAGCGAGCGUUUGUUGCCGCGCGCGAGUCGAGGUGCGAGCGGCGCAACGUCGCCUCGCGCCUCGUCGCCGACGCGCGCCGACGCGGCCUCGUGGUGGAAAUCGGCUACUUGGUUGUAG